AUCCCAGAGCAGAAAUUACCAGGAUGUCAGAAGAAGGGAGCCGGCAGACGCGGCGCGUAAGGUCCGGCCGACGUCGGAACACUUCAGGUUCCCGGAGACGAGAUCAGUGGACGCCGUCAUGAGAGAGUCGCGGCCCGUGUCGGCCCUUCCUACCCCCCAACCUCAGGUGUGGACGUCCCCCACCCCCCGUACGACCCCCCCUCCCCGCAGCCUACAGGCACCAAGAUUAUGGAGUAGACCAGCCGGAUGCUGCAGUCAGCAGAAACUACCGCACGGCGGUACAAGAAGCCCCCAAGGUGUCUCACGCUGCCUAUAACCACGUGCCUGAGACCAAGACGGAAUCAAAUGAUGAUGCUUACAGUUUGGGGGACAUUGAUGAUGUGUUUGCCAACGAAGUUCCCCCCAGUUCACGACCCAGCUACAAACUGACCUCAUCUGACCUCAUGGGCAAAUCACAUGAAGAGCUGACCCUGUUGCUGAUUCAGCUGAAGAGAGACCAGGACCAGCUGGUGGAGGAACACAACGAUGCCCUGUCCAAAAUGAUGGCCUACACCAGGGCUGGUGCGAGCGGGCUCCACUCCCCACACGAUGAGGAGGAGAGAUGGAAACAGUACGAGGAGCUGAGGAGGAAGUGUGAGGAGUCAGAGAGAAAGCUGAAUGCCAGUAAGCCCAUGCUGAGCCUUGUAUCCAACAUGGUGAAGUUAGGAGACCUGUACAACACACCUGACAACAGGCAUAACAAACAGUAUGACCAGUUUGGAAGGCGGACCAACCCCGAGCUGACCAAUCGUGAGCAGUUUGAGUUCAGCCGACAGCUGGAGGAACAGCAGGUGGGAACAACUAACUCCGGUCUGCAGCACAGCCCCAGUGAUGACAAGCUGGUCAAUAUCAAGUCGAUGAGAAUCCGUGAGCUGGACGGCCACAUGCAGGAACUGACAGCCAGGGUGACUGUUCUCAAGGAGGACAUGGAGAACCUGGAGAGAACGUUACACUCCACCAGUAAGAAGAUGUCUCAGUACCGUGACCAGCCGCACGAGAAGGACCGCUACGCCAGCCUGCAGGCCGCCAUCCAAUCAGAGAUCAGCAAGAAGCUGGAGGCCUUCUCUGGAGAGCAUGGCCAGCUGAGUAAUGAGCUGAGAGCCGUACACAGUCGACUGUGGGAGGACUCCACUUCAACCACAGCCAGUUCUCCAUCUAAGGCAUCGGAGAAGGCUGCCAUGAAGAACCGUCUGCAGCAGGACCUGGCCCAUGUACAGAACAUGAUGACAGGCCUGGCACAGCAGAGGGACAGGCUAGAGGGGCACUUCAACUCCAUCAGACAGCAGUUCACAGCAGGAGGAGACGGCCCGUUUGUGGAGACAGACCUGGACACGGGGAUCCAGCACGACCUGCGAGCAGGCCAGCAGGCAGAACGGGAACCCGGGAACGACACUCAUGCUCGCGAGGAGGCACAACAUCAGAGAUCUGUGCCAACCAUACUGGUACACAAGCCUGACAACAGUGCAGAACCGUCGCAGAACUCUGGUGUCCAUAAGAGCUCGCUCAGCGUGCGGCAGCUGAAGAGGGAGUCAGCGGAGCGGCGCUCACGGGACCGACAGGGCGUCGGCGGGGAGACAGACGGACACGAGAGGUCACGCAGUCCGCCCAAGAGGAGCAACACUCUCCCGGGAAGACCAAGAGACCAAACCUUCAGCAGCAUGACUGCCAGGAGUCUGAAGCGUGUGUCUCGAUCCAGCAGUGACGUCUCCCGGCUCAGAAUACCAUCCACCUCUUCUUCUGAAGGCGGGCGGAGACGGAAGCCCAGCGCGGCGGAACGUCUGUUCGGUGAUGGUGGUGGGAUCUCGCGCAGCGCCGUGGAUCUGAGAACCCUCGGUCAACAUGACCAGUCCGGCCGGUUCAAAAGCUCUAAGAGCACUUCUUCCAUCCUGAAAAAGCCCCGGAAGACGAAACCUCGGCCGGAUUUCUCAGCACCAGUGGAGCCGUUCCAUGGCAGUGCGGACGCGGAGGUGACCCAGCCAGAAAACAGCCCCAAGAUCUUCGAGACUGACGUGGAACCCGUGGAGUUUGAUCUGGACUGGAAUAGAGAGGUACAUAGACAUAGACACAAUGAGAAUUGA